UAUUCUUUGAGUUUUGAAUCACUUCUGAAGCCUCGUUAUGAGAAAAGUGGGGCACGCCAUUUCUAUCUGAAUUGUGGCCAGACAACUUGGCUUCUUAUAGUACGUUACAAUUCUUGACAAGGAAAGUGAACAUUCCUCCAAGGUAGGAUAAGAAAACCAGCAGGGAAAAUCAUGUCAUUUCCACCAAGACCACCAGUGGGUAUGCCACCAAUGACUGGCAUGAUGUCUACAGGAUACACAUUUACACCCAUGGGUAUGAUGCCAAUGGGAAUGCAAAUGAUGCCACCAACAACAAUGAUCAGACCUGUAGUAACAAAUGCAACAGCAACUGUGGUGACAAGACCGAAGAAACAGCUUGUACCUCAAGAAAUAGAUAAAGAUGAUAAGAAGGAAGAGAAACCGCCAGUAACAACAGUAUUUGUAGGUAAUAUAAGUGAACGUGCACCAGAUUCCAUGGUCAGAACAAUGUUACAGCGUUGUGGAAAUGUUAUCAGUUGGAAAAGAGUGCAGGGUGCCUCAGGAAAAUUGCAGGCAUUUGGCUUUUGCGAGUAUGAAGAUCCAGAAGCCACUCUUAGAUGUAUGAGAUUAUUAAAUGAAUGGGAAAUAGCAGACAAGAAACUAGUAGUUAAAGUUGAUGCAAAAACAAAAACUCUACUAGAUGACUGGAAAAGUAAAAAGAAAAGUGAGGAGUCUAAAGAGGAAAAGGAAAAGAAUGGUGAUAAAGAAGAGAAAGCAGAAGAAGGGGAGAUGAAAGAUGACAAAGAUUCACUUGAUGAGUUUACCCUGAGAGAAGACAGAGUUGCUAAAGCUGGCCUUGAUGCAAUCAUGCGAGAAUAUGCUUUUGAACUAGCCAAAGAGCCUACAACUGCCAAGACAGUUCAUGAACCAGUUAGUGAAAUCCCUAAAGUUCCAAUGCCUCCAAUUAAACAGAAGGAUGCUUCGCAACUUCGAGAUACGGGUUUAGAUGAUUUGAAUAUGGAGGCAGACACCAAGGAUCUGAUCAAUCGUGAAAUCCAAUCAUUUAGAAAUCUUCAUAAGGACAUUGAGGAUGCUGAAGCAGAAAAAGAAAGAGAGAGAGAACGAGAAAGAGAAUUUACUAGAGAGAAAGAGCGGCGUAUGGCUGAAGAACGACGGAGGAAAGAAAAGGAACGAGAAGCCCAGCGGGUCAAAGAACUGGAACUGUAUGAAGAGAGAAGGAAAGCCAGCAAGAGAAGGGAGAGUAGAAGCAGGUCAAGGUCGAGGUCAAGUUCUCGUGGGAGGUCAUCCAGAAGGUCAAGGUCUAGAGAAAGAGAGAGAGAAAGGGAAAGGGACAGAAGGGCUAGAGAUAGAGAGCUAGAAGAAGAGGAGGAGGCUUAUGAGAGAAGAAAAAUGGAAAAGAAAAUCAGAGAAAAAGAAAUAGCCUAUCAAGAGAGAUUGAAAAACUGGGAGGCCAGAGAAAGGAAGAAGGCUAGAGAAUAUGAAAAAGAGAGGGAGAGAGAAGAUGAAAGGAAAGCAGAAGAAGGGCGUGAAGCUAGGCGGUUACGAGAGUUUCUUGAGGAUUAUGAUGAUGAAAGAGAUGAUCCAAAAUUUUACAAGGGCAGUGCACUAGAGCGUAGAUUAAGGGAAAGGCAAAAGGAAAAAGAGGUUGAUUCUAGGGAUAGAGCAAAGGAGAAAGAAGAGUUAGAAGAUAUUAGAAGAAAGUUGCUAGAGGAAGGUCAUCCAGAUCUUGAAGCUGAAAUGGCAAAGAUUGAAAGAGAGCGAGAGGAGCAUUUACGUCCUAUGUUACAAAUCAAUGACAACAUCGCCCCACAUUCCCCAUCAGAAAGCUCUAGUGAAGAUGAGCACCCUGCUAGUCCGCCUAGACAGGAAUCUGAAGAGGAGAGUCAUGAAAAGUUUCCAGCUUUACCGAACAUGAAACCAACCCUUCAGCCAGUAGACGAGUCAUCACAGUCAGCCAGCGAAGUUUAUGCUGAUGAUGAGGCAUCAAGGAUGAGUAUAGGUCACAGUGAAGAUAGCCAGCAACCAAUGUAUGGACCAAAUGCCCGUGAUGAUUCCAGACUUGGCUUUGGUGCUAUGAAGUUUAGUGCAAAUGUAUCCGGUCCAAACUCCCCAGUAGAGCAAACGUCUGGUAAGAGAAAGAAGCUGACAGUAGGUGAUGUAUUUAAUCAGGAUGAUGAUGAUUCUCUAGAUGGGUCUAAGAAACGUAAACUUGUACCACUUGAUUACGGAGAUAGUGGUGAUGAUAGUGCUAGUGGCCUAGAGGGGAAAAAAGCCACAAGUGCAGAAGAGAAACGUGCCAAGAUAAAAACAUUAAUAGAAAAUAUUCCAACUGCCAAAGAUGAAUUAUUUGCAUUCCAGCUGGACUGGAGGAUAGUUGAUCAGAGUUUAAUGGAUAAGCGUAUUAAGCCAUGGGUUAACAAAAAGAUUAUAGAAUAUAUAGGAGAGGAGGAACCAACGUUAACAGACUUUAUAUGUCAGAAGGUGAUGGCACAAAGUCCACCACAAAAUAUACUCAAUGAUGUAGCUAUGGUAAGUUGAUUGUCGUAAAAUUUUCAUG